AUGCAAGUUUUGGGACAAGAUAAAAUUUUAGUGGGUCAUUUUAACCUUCUUAAGGAAACUUAAAUGUUAUUAGUAAUUUGCGUUAAUUUAUGCAUCGCAGGAUGUAGAGCGAGUAAGUUAACACUCGUGUCUAUUGAGGAAUUUAGGCUUCCCUCUAUUCAUGAUUCUGAGACUAAACAUUACUAACCAGAUGAUAGCUAAUAUAUUAAUAAAGAAUCUAUUAUUGGUCAGGCUUCAAAGUUCGACUAGCUGAAUCCAAAAUCAAACCUAUCACUUAAUAAAAACAGUAAUGGAUCAGGUAUAAGUCUAUUAUCUAAUUUUUUGACUAAAAAAUUUUAAAAGGAAGUUGCUCCUCUGAAAAAAAAAUUCAUGACAAUAAAGCAGAAAAAAAAGCUAUUAGGAUUUAAAGUAUUAUCUUCCCCGAGGGUAGAAAACCAUAGACAUUUGAAAAGUGAAAAUAUAGAUUUUAAUCAUAAGUUUGCCCAGAAACAAGUAGUGACAGAAAAGAAGAGAAAAAUAAAAGAACUUACUGAACAUGAAAACAGACUUAAGAGAGAAAAAUUAGUUCCCUGCUAUGAUUAGUCUGAGCUUUAAAUAGACCCUUACGAAUUGACACGAAGAGCUUUGUCCAAUUUCCCUCUAGAGUCAAAGUACGCAAUAAGAUUUCUAGCCUCAAUUAUGGAUAAGAAAGAAAAGAGGGAAAUAAUGCACUAUGACUAGAUUUAUUACUACUAUUUUGAAGAGGAACGACAUAAAAUUUUCAAUUAUCAGCUCGUUCUCAAACCACAACAUCAUUUAGCUUAUAGAUACGAGAUUGUAAAAAUAAUUUCUGACCCUGAAAACAAAAAAGCUAAGUUGAUAGGGUUCGAUCAUAAAUUCAAGAAAGAUGUGAUAAUAGAUUAAGUUACAGAUCAAUUUGAUAAAAACCUUGCUAUAUUUUACGAAAAAAAUGCUGCCUCUAAAAUAUAAGUUAAAGUGAAUCCGGAACUCAGAAAUAUUUAUUAAACGUCCUAUUUAGACUAGCUUCACAGAGAAAUAGUAGAACAUGAUUUAAGUAUUGGUGUUAAUUCCAAAGAUUAUAAUUCCUAAAUCAACUACAGAAGAGUUAUGUAUGCUCUUUAAAAAUAAGAGAACAUCGACUAAUUACCUAUUUCAGCUGCAUUAGAUUUUUUCAAUUUUAGAGGAGAAAGUUUCAUGGUUGUAGAUAAGUAUCCAUUAAAUCUCAAUCGUUACAUAAAGUAGUAUGGUGCCAUUGAUAACUUAUUAUCUUUGCGUAAAGUAGCUGUGAUGCUAAUUAGAAAUUUGAUUUAUCUAUCAAAGCCUAAAAUCUAACAUUACAAUUUGAAUUUAAAAAGUGUGGCGAUUGAAAUUGAUGAAUUUAAAAAUAUUGAGAAAUGCAUUCUUCACACAUUCAAUGAAGCUCACAUAUACUAUAACCAUGAAGAAUUUAACUAGACAAAAGAUAUUAAGGCUCUUGGAUACAUGUUAUUGAGAUUAAAAAUAGGACAUAGUUAAUAUUAAUCUGAAGACGAAGAUUUAAAAAACGAAUUUAAUUCUUGGAAAGGCGCAGUUGAUGAAUAAGGUUAUGAUUUUAUUGAUUUUAUUGGGGUUUGUCUAGCAGGCAAGUAAAAAUUCGCAAUUAAUUUGAUGAAGAAAAAUUGGAUAUAAGGAUUAAUUAGAGAAAGAAGACAUUAUCGUAACAGGACUGAAUAAUUUUCCCUGAUGAGUACUCCUGUUAUUAAAAGACCACCAAUUGCGAAAAGGAUUAUAAAUAAUAAUUCUAGGAUUGAUAUCAAUAUUUAAUGA